CUGGUAAUUGAGCGCCGAGAGGGCGAGUCCGCGCUGGUGGCGCCGGGUCCGCGCUGCGGUUCGGGACGCCGGCGCGGGGGCCGGGCGGCUGCCAUGGGGCUGGGCUCUAGCACCGAGCAGCCCGCGGAGACUUCCGAGGGCUUCCACCUGCACGGGGUGCAGGAGAACUCGCCAGCGCAGCAGGCGGGCCUGGAGCCCUACUUCGACUUCAUCAUCACCAUCGGGCACUCGCGGCUGAACAAGGAGACCGACACGCUGAGGGAUCUGCUGAAGGCCAACGUGGAGAAGCCCGUGAAGCUGGAGGUGUUCAACAUGAAGACCAUGAAGGUGCGCGAGGUGGAGGUGGUGCCCAGCAACAUGUGGGGCGGCCCGGGCCUGCUGGGCGCCAGCGUGCGCUUCUGCAGCUUCCACAGGGCCAACGAGCACGUGUGGCACGUGCUGGAUGUGGAACCCUCUUCGCCCGCCUCCCUCGCUGGCCUGCGCCCCUACACGGACUAUGUGAUCGGCUCCGACCAGCUGCUGCAGGAGUCUGAGGACUUCUUCACCCUCAUCGAGUCCCACGAGGGGAAGCCCUUGAAGCUGAUGGUUUACAACUCCGAGACCGACUCCUGCCGGGAGGUGUCCGUCACUCCCAAUGCCGCCUGGGGUGGAGAGGGCAGCCUGGGGUGUGGUAUCGGCUACGGAUAUCUGCAUCGGAUCCCAAUCCAGCCCCCCAGCUACCACAAGAAGCCACCUGGUGCCCCGCCACCCGGUACCCCACCAUCUGGUACCCCACCACCUGGUACCCCACCACCUGGUGUCCCGCAACCUGAUACCCUGCAACCUGGUGCCCCACCACCUGGUACCCCAUCACAAGGUGCUCUGCCAUCUGGUACCUUGCCACCUGGACCCUCCCCCCAGGACUCUCCUGCCCCUCCUGGCCCAGAUGCGGGCGCCAGGCAGGGUGGCUACAUGGAGGCCCUGCUGCAGGCACCCGGCUCCUCCGUAGAGGGACUGCUGCCUGAGCCUGCGAGUCUCAGCUAUGGUGCGCCCGACCUUGGGGGGCUUCCGCGUCCCAUGGAGACUCCUCUUCAGCCCCCGCCUCCAGUGCAGCGAGUCAUGGACCCAGGCUUCCUGGACGUGUCGGGCAUCUCCGUCCUGGACAGCAGUGCCGGCGUCUGGCCCGGCCUGCCCUCCUCCUUCCCGGGGCUGACCUCCACCGCCGCGUCGGCCUCGGGGCUGGAGGACGUCUGCUCCAGCAGCGGCUCUCACGAGCGUGGCGGGGAGGCCACGUGGUCCGGGUCGGAGUUUGAGGUCUCCUUCCCGGACAGCCCCGGCGCCCAGGCCCAGCAGGACCACCUGCCUCAGCUGACCCUUCCCGACAGCCUCACCUCUGCGGCCUCGCCGGAAGACGGGCUGUCUGCUGAGCUGCUCGAAGCUCAGGCCGAGGAGGAGCCGACACGUGCUGCGAGUCCAGAGGUUGGGGCUGAGGCUGAGGGGACAGCCGGCCCAGCCCAGCUCUCUACCCCGGAAUAACACCCUGGGUGGUGACGAGGCCCCUGGUGGCAUUUCGCAAGGCCCAGGUGUGGGGAGGCGGCUCAGGCUGCACUUGGGGCCCAGCCCCUCACCUGACCCCAGCCUAGCGUGUCCAGUUUCCUAGGUGGUGGUUCCGAGGGACGUGCAGGGACUCCUGCUGCUGGGAGGCUCUUGUGUCCAUUCAGACCCUGCUGGUCUCCAAGAAAUGACCUCCCAGCAUCAAUUCUGCGUGAUGGUCCUGGCUUUGGGGAACCGGGCACUUGCUGGGGAUCUCACACAUCCUUUCGGGGGCAGGGAGCUGGGCGCAGCACCCCAAGUUGACUUGGUCAUGUGGGAGCUGGGGCAGUAGAGGGGAGACUUACUUGCUGCCUGUGUGGGGCCUGAAGCCUCAGGGGGUAGUAAGAGGCGGUGUGGGCCUUGGGGAAGGGCAUCUUUUGGCCAUGUCCCCUGAGGUCCAGUGCUUGCUGCUGCUUGGGCACUGUGGCUUCCCAGGAGACAGCAGGGUCCGGACAGGGUCAGGCGUGUGACGGGGUCGGGGAGGAAGCAGCUGCUGUAGGGUGUCUGCCGGGUUGCCGUGUGGGGCUUGCCUUGAGUCUCCUGCACAGCUCGGCCAGCACGCUCUGCACCAGAAGGCACGCCCAAGCCCUGGGGACCCCUGAAGCCCCAGUACUGUCUCUCUCGUCACGUGCGCUCAUCCCUCCCUGUACUACGCUGCGCACAGCUGGCUUGGCUGACUGACAUCUGCCAGCCACAGCGGGAGGGGAGCGGCAGUGAACUCGCUCACCUCUCCCGGGAGAGGAGGGCGGGAGGUUCCAGGCCGUUCAGCAGACUCACCUGUGCCUGGACCCCGAUGUUUCUUCCUCCUCAGGGCCUGCACCCCACAGACCUCGUAUCCCAGCGGUGAGUCCUGCCCGCCCCCAAACUCACACAGCUAUCUCUUCUACACGCACAAGGCACCCAGCCAGCCCCGGCGGUGACCAAGUUACAAAUCUAAAUCCGCCGCCCCAAGUGGACUCUCAGAGCUGGUCCUGACUGGAUGUGCUUCCAUGCAGCUCCCACUGCAAGGGGAAAUGGCAGGCUUGGGCAGGAGUGGACAAGGGCCUUUCUGUUCUUUCCCACAGUAUUGUGUGUGUGGGUGUGUGUGUGUGGGGGGGGGGGAGGCCGUUCCUCUCACCACCGGGUGCCUGGGAGGCUAGGGCUGGGGUGGGCCUCCUGCUCGGCCUGCAGGAAGGGGUGGCCCCCCAGGAACGCCCUUCCAUCCCCUGGCGUCCUCUCCCGCCUUGGCUGAGUCCUUCCCACACGCCUGGCUCGUUACCGAGAGAGCUGCCUCUGGCCUUGUCUUCUGGUCUCUGGCCAUCUAAAGCACCCUCCCUGCUGCUUCACUUGUAACGUCCGCACUGAAAGGGGAACUCGGAGCUCUGCCAGGCCCGCAGCACAAGGACUGUGGGCUCUGGGGGGCCCAGAGCAAGUCCAUGGCAGGAGGGACCCCAACCAGCAAACACUUGGAAGUUGCCAGCACUCUGACUGCAUUCAGAGCAAGCCCUGUCAGGGCCACCAGCACAGCUGAGCUUGCGAGACAGGGAGGCCUUGUGUCCAAAGCCACUCCCGGAGCCUGGCUCCUGGGCCACCUGGGAGCCCGGGUCGCCUGCAGGAGCGCGGGACGCAGGACAGAACCACCCGGGACUGCUCGGAGGGCAGCUCCCCUGGCUGUCUCACCAAGGUCACCCCCGCCCAAGGGUCGGGGUUUCCUCACCUGACACGCUCCUGUCCCGAGUGGGAGGGUCUAGUGGGUAUCAGUGCCAGUUAUUGCCAGGGUCGGCCUGAAACCAGAGGUUUCUUAACUCCUCUAUAAUCUGCUAUGAAGGACAAUGACAAGUGGAAAAAAAUAACAUGCUCUACACUUGGAAUAUUUUAACUAAAGCCUUUAUUCUAUACAACUGAAAUACAGAUUUUACCCCCUUG